UAUCUAUAAAUUAUAUCAUAUGGAGAACUGAAGACUGCAAUUCAGCCUUAAAGUUUCUGGCCAUCUUCCUCAUAAUGUUAACUUACAGAGGCCCUGAGGAUCUCUAUACAGUCCUUUCUGCACAUUAUCCUGUAGUUAGCUCAAAACCCAUAGAAAAGGAACAGUUUGAACAAAGACCCAUAGAGGAGAAACAGUUUGAACAACAAUCUAUUAGUAGGAAAAGGAGUUGGGAUGAUGUAAUUAGUCCCUCCCUGCCAAUGGGUCUUCAGGAUUCAGUGUCAGAAAAGAAUAUGUGCUCUCGAGGUGAAUUGCAUGUCUUCAAGGAAAGGAGUAGGAGGAAGAAAAUGAGUUGCAUGUUCAAUAAUCUGUCAUCUCUUUUGCCUGCCUUGCAUAAAAAGGUAGAUAAAAUAAGUAUUAUUAAUGAGACUGUGAAUUAUAUCAAGACCCUCCAAGGUACCCUGAAAGAUUUGCAAGAAAGAAACUCAGAAAUGGAAGCACUUCUUAAAAAGAGUUCACUGUCAAAGUUAGAGGAUUCUCCUCAAGUCUGUGAUGCUCAGGUCCCUGAAUCAGCCCUAGGGGUGCCAAGUCCCAGCUUUAAGAUUCUUGGAUCUAGUGUUGUGGGCACUCAUGCCUUUACAUCAAUAUGGGGCUCCCAACAAAGUGGUUUUCUUCCUAGACUAUUUUCUAUCUUGGAUGCUAAUCAGUUGGAAAUGAUAGAUUGCACCAUGAAUGCUGAUGGAUGCAACAUGUUAUAUACCCUACAUGUUAUGUCAAAGAGCAAUAGUGAGCAACCCAUUAUAAAGGCUUUCACAUGUGUUAUAAAUUCCAUUACAACUAGUCAUCAAAAGUGAGCAUUCCUCAAGAUUUGUAAUGUAGAAUCUCUGGACCAUGCCAUUGUUUGCUGUGGGUAUAGGGUGGACUUCUGCAGUGGGUUCAAUAUAUAGAGAUAAGGAGACGCUUUGGAAUUUGAAAUUUUGGUUAAAGGAAAUCAAAAGUCUGUUUUCUGAUUCAUUUCAUCUAUAUUUUCAGAUUGUGGACAGUUUGAUUAAUGUUUGUACUUUGGCAUAUGAAAUGGAUCCCCAUCUAUCUUUGAACUUGUGUUA